AUACAUAGGUACUUUUAUGAAGUAUUGCAUGCGAUGCUGAACUUCUCAAAAGAGAUGAUUGUUAACACACCUUAUGAUCAACCGGCACAUCAAAUACGAGAGAACCGUCGUAUUAGACACAUAUUUCAGGGUGCGGUAGGUGCGCUUGACGGAACUCUUAUUUCGGCAGUUGUGCCAUGUGAUCAACAAAUUCCAUACAGAGGACGAGGAAGAGGAGAAUGUUACCAAAAUGUGCUUGCUAUAUGUGACUUUGAUAUGUUGUUUACAUUUGUGUGGGCUGGUUGGGAAGGGGUAGCACAUGACUCACGGGUGCUAAGAGAAACUAUGAGUGAUCCAGCAAACAACUUUCCAAUUCUUCCUCCAAGAAAAUACUUUUUAUGUGAUGCAGCAUACACUCAUACACGUAGAUUUAUGGCACCAUACCGGAAUGUGCGGUAUUGGUUAGCUGAUUUCCAAAAUGGUCGGCGUCCUAGGAAUAAAGAAGAGCGAUUCAACCUCGCACAUGCGAGGUUACGGAAUGUGAUUGAGCGUGCUUUUGGAGUUCUGAAGUCUCGUUUUCCAAUACUAAAAAGGAUGUCAUCAUAUCCUUUCGCGGUACAAAGAAAUAUGGUGAUUGCUUGCAUAACCAUGCACAAUUUUAUUCGGAGGACUUGCAUUUCAGAUCAAUUUCUUGACGAAUUCAACGAUCCAAAUGCUUCUUACAGCAAUGCUCAACAUCAUGUGGAUAAUUUCGAAGCAGGUGGAGGAUCGACCCAAGCUGAUCAAAUUUUUAUGCUCACCUUACGAGAGCAAAUUGCAACGCAUUUGAAUGCUAUAAACUACACUUGAGUGUUAAAUUUGAUU